AUUCAUCUUGCCCAUCUCAAUUUCAAUGUCACAUCACUCCAAUUAUGAUAAAAUUUGAUAUUUAUCGUGAAGAACCCAUCCUUCUGGAGUAUUUGAUGCAGGGAAUCAACUGGCAAAUGACAAAUUUUCAAUAUAAAGUUGCAGAAAUCAAUUCCUAAUUUGCAGAGCAGCAUCUUUCAGAGAAAUUUCAGUACCCAGAAAAUAUGGAAGGAGGCGAGACCGUGUGCGUGACCGGAGCCUCAGGAUUCAUUGGGUCUUGGCUCGUCAUGAGGCUCCUUGAACGAGGGUACUUUGUCAAGGCAACUGUGCGCGAUCCUGAGAAUGUGAACAAGUUGAAGCAUUUGUGGGAGUUGCCAAAAGCCAGCACCCACCUGAGCUUGUGGAGAGGGGAAUUGGCUGAGGAAGGAAGCUUUGACGAUGCAAUUCAAGGGUGUAGCGGAGUAUUCCAUGUUGCUACUCCUAUGGAUUUCUCUCCUGAUCGAGAUUUAGAGGCUGAAACUAUAAAGCCUACAGUAAAUGGGGUCUUGAACAUCAUGAGAUCCUGCUUGAAGGCAAAGACCAUUAGAAGAUUCAUCUACACCUCAACCACAGGAGCAGUUACCGUCGGACCGCCACCACCACCGCCAGAGUAUGAUGAAAGCUUUUGGACUGACAUUGAUUUCUGCUAUGCCGAGAAGAUGCCUGGAUGGGCAUAUUUUGUUGCAAAAACAAAAGCUGAGAAAGCAGCCUGGGAAUUUGCCAAGGAAAAUGACCUAGAUCUCAUCACCAUUCAUCCAUCUGUGGUGGUGGGUCCAUUUCUUACCCCUUCAAAGCCUUUCAGUAUAGACUUAGGAAUGGCCUUGAUCACAAGAAAUGAAGCACUCUACAGCAUGUUGGCUAGAGUGAGAGCAGUGCACGUGGAUGAUGUAUGCAGUGCUCACAUAUUCCUCUUUGAACAUCCACAAGCAAAAGGGAGAUACAUAUGCUCCUCUCAUACUUUUACUAUUGUGGAUUUAGCAAAAUCUCUGAACCAAAAGUAUCCUCAGUACAAUGUUCCUUCCAAAUUUGAGGGUAUUGAUGAAUCUCUGAAAACUAUCCCAUGCUCAUCAAAGAAGCUAAUGGACUUGGGAUUCACAUUCAAAUAUGAGUCUAGCAAAUAUGAUUCGGGAGAUUUAUAUGCGGAAGCUUUUGAUUUUUGCAAAGAGAAGGGGUUUAUGCCACAACCAUAGUGUGUUAUGCAGCAAAGAAGGGAUUCCAUCUCAAGGCAUUUGAUUAGCUUUAAUAUGGACUUGCCUUUGUUAAAUUUGUAAUAUUUGUGGUUUGAUUUACUGCUUAAUAAACUGUUAAAUUGAAAAAAAAAAAAAGUUAAAAGAAAGGGAGAGCCAAUAAAAAAAACUAAUGGGUGGAUCAUGGACAAAUGUGAUAUUUAAUACAGUAAAAUCUAGAUCGAGUUUAUAAA